AUGGAGGAUUAGGACUAAAUGUUAUUAAAGAGCUUAUAACUAUAAGGAAUAUAGAUAUAAACACAAUCUCUUCCUUAAGUAAUACUUACUAUUAUUGAUAGUUAACAUGUGAAGAUUUGAUAUCUAUUUUCUUAUAAUUUUUUCAAUUGAGUGGAACUUAAGCUUUUGAAAUUAGCUCAAUUAAAUCAAUCAAGAGUUCAUUUAGAAGAGUAGGUAAAAUUCAAGAGAUGCUUUAUCCAAUUGGUAUUAGAAUUGAUAUUCAAUCAAUUGUAAAUCCUAACCCAUAAGAAUCAAGAAAGAUUAUAGUAAGUUUGCUUUCGAAAUUGAGUUAAUCAAAUAAAAAAGAAACUGGAGCUAAACAUCUUACAUUUGAAGAGAGAUUAUAAGAAGAGAAAGCUAAUUAUAGGACAAAUCAAAUAUAGAAUUUCUUUCAAGAAUGGGUUAAUCCAUCAUUAUGUGCUUUUCCAGAAGUUGAACAAAGAUUUCUUAGAUUGCAUGUGCUCAAUAUUAUAAAGAAAGAACCAUUAAUUAAAUAAGUAGCCAAUAAAGGAGUAAGAAAAUAUUUAUAUCACUCAAUUGUUAGAGUUAUGGAUCAUCAUUUAUAAAAGAAAGAAGUUGAUUAACCAUUAUAAGAGAGAUUAUAAUUAAUAAAGAAAAUGAGGAGAUCUGAUGAUCCUGAAGCUGUUUUAGGUUAAUUUAAGGGGUAGUUCUAAGCUGAAGCUGAAAAGAAUGAUUGGGAAGAUAUUUAGAAAGGAAAUCGUUAAUUAAAGAGAGCUAUUAAAUAAUUAAAAGAAGAAGAUAAGGAAGAAGAAUAAGCAAGAAAAUAAAAAGAAGAUGAAAAUUAAGGUUUAUUUAAUUUAGAAAUAUAAUUCUAAGAAGAGGUAAAAGAGAUCUAAUAAGAAAUAUAAGAUACUUAAGAAGCAAAAUCAGAGAUUAGUGCAUUACUUGAAGAUAUCUAGACUAAAUUGAUAGAGCAAUAAAAAAAUUAUGAUAAAUUAUAAAAAAAGAGAUAAAAAUUGGAAGAUAUAAAUUAGAAAUAAUAAGAUAUUUAUUCAUAAUUGUAAUCUGAUAAUAAGGAUAAAUAAUAAGAAUUAGAAAGUGCUCAUUCUAUAUUAUAAUAAAUUGAAUCAAAAAAAGGUAAUGAUCCAGAAAUACAAUAACUUGAAUAAGAAAUUGAAAAUAUUAGAAUUGAAUGGGAAAAAGAGAAAAUUUUAUAAUAAAAUGAUGCUGAUGAAUUGGCUUAACAAGUUUAGGAUCGUAAAUUAAAACUUGAAUAGAUUUAAGAUAAAAUGAGAAGAUUGUAAGAAGAGAAUUAAAUGAUCAGAAAUUAGGGAAGAGUUAAUUUGGAAUAUAAAGAGAAAUUAUUAGUUGAUCUUUAAAAUUAACCUAAAGAAAUUGCUAGAAAUCAAUAUAUUAAAAAAAUUGUGGAUUUGAAAAAUCAAUUAGAAAAAUAGAAAACAGAAUAUUUAAAAUAAGCUAAAGAAUUAUCUUAAUUAGAAGAUUCAUUAUAAUUUUAAGAUAAUAUGAUUAAUAGAUAUUGUAUUGAAAUUGAGAAUCUUAUUAAUUAAGAUCCUAAGAAAUCUGAAACAGUUGUUAAAUAGAUAUAAAAAUAAUAUUAAGAUUAUAAAAUUGUUUAUAAAUAAAGUGCUGAAUUAAUGCGUAAUAUUGGAGAAAAGAGAAUUUAAAUAUAUGAUACAGAAUUAAAAAUGGAAGAUAUUUUACUUAAAGGAUACAAAAAGAAUGUUGAAAAACUUAGAUAAGAUUUAACUGAUAUUUAAGCAGAAAAUAAAAAUCUUGAAAAAUAGAAAAGAUGA